CGAUCUGCUUCGUACCCUCCGCUGGCAUUCUCUCAAACCCUUGUGCCUCAGCUGCCCCCCGCGCAUAGCGAGCUGUUGUUUACUACUCUUGAUGUCAUCUCUUCCUUGGCAGCUCAUAGUGAGGCCAACGGGAUCUCGGGCAGCAAGUUGACCAAGUUCAUGGGGCUCUGGCUGCUUACAGGUCGCCGUUCUGCGGAAGCUGACGAUUGGAAGACAUUCUAUGAUCGUUGGGAGCGUGCUGGGCGUAUUUUGGAACAUCUUUUCCUUUCUCGAAUCAGAGAUGAAGCAGUCUCGAACAAGAUGCCCAAGCGCCUCACAGAAUUAACUGACAGUUAUCCUUACGGACAAGGCUCGAGCUCUUCAGACGAUGAUCUCCUACCGCGUCCCCGUUUCUCGACACGUCGCUAUGACGCACUUUAUGUUCGUUUAGAGACAGAGUACACGGGGGUUACAAAGCCCAAGUCGCACCCCCUGCGCCUCAUUGCGGAGGCAUUGAAGUCCAAAGGUCCAGAAGAAGGCGACCAGACUUUAGUCUGGGAUGCCAUCCGAAAG